GGAAAAAAACUUUUCAUUUCACGUUUAAACAGAAGGGGAAUCGACCACCUGAAAUACUUAGCACCAUGAAGGAGAAGGAGUUGGAGUAUGGAGGUAUAUUUUUAUCAUGGAUAGGUCCAUUUCCAAUAGCUGUUAUAAGCGAGCCACAAAUAGCACAAGAUAUCUUUACUUCGCCAAAUUGUGUAAAUAAAAGCUUUGUCUAUAAAGGAGUGCAAGAUGCAACUGGGCCAGGGUUAUUUACAAUGGAUGAUCCUGAAUGGAGUUAUCAUAGGAAGCUUUUGAAUCCGGCGUUUGCGCACAAGGUAUUGCUGAACUUCAUACCGAUUUUCAAUAAAGAGGUCGAUAACUUAACGAAAAUUCUCAACAAACUGACUAAUGUUGACGGAGUGGAUUUAGUACCCAUACUUCAAGACUUUACGUUAACUAUCGCUACCCAAACUACAAUGGGGCAAGAUCUCAGCAAAGAAAAUAAUAUAGCAGGCAUGUGUGGCUCUUUAUUGCAAUCUUUCCAGUUUGUUCAAGAGACUAUUACCGAAAUGGGCACCCUAUCCUGGUUGAGCAUGAAGGCGCUGGUUUGGAUUUUAGGCGAUUAUGAACGAUACAAGAAAGCCAAAGCUGAUAUUCGUAAAUUCAUUGGCAAUCUUAUUACAGAGCGGACGAAAACUACGCCGGACAGUUCAAAACUGGCUGAACAUAUUUUUAUCAAUCGCGCAAUAGAAUUAUUUCAGCAAGGCAGUUUUACGCGCGAAAAUGUCGAGGAUGAAUCCAUAGUGAUUGUGUUCGGAGCUUUCGAGACGACGGCAACCACUUUAAAGCACGUCAUCCUUUUGUUAGCAAUGCAUCCUCAAUAUCAAGAGCGAGCGUUUGAAGAAGUUACUUCGUUGUUCCCGGGAAAAGAGCCAUGCGAAAUGAGUUAUUCGAGCAUCCAACAAAUGUCAUACGUGAGUAUGGUGGUUGAUGAGACGAUGCGUUUAAUGGCUACCGUUCCACUAGUGGGACGCCAAGUGCGAGCAGAAACAAAACUAAGCAACGGAGUCGUCCUGCCAGAGGGGCUUCAAAUUCUGGUCGAUAUUUUCAAUAUGCAACGCAGGGAAGAUAUUUGGGGACCAGAAGCGCAUAUUUUCAACCCAGAAAAUUUUCUCCCAUCAAAUAUAGAGGGGAAACAUCCGUACUCCUAUAUACCAUUUACGAAAGGCUUACGAAAUUGUAUAGGUUCCAAAUAUGCGCUGUUGUCGCUAAAAAUUGCCGUGGCUAAACUUGUAAGGAAUUUUCGAUUUACCACCGAUUUUAAGUAUAAGGACUUACAAUUUGUUGAGAACAUAACGCUAAAACUAAAAGAAAUGCCUUUGAUCAAAAUACACAAGCGAUAAUCGAAG